AUGCUCCCACUGGGUCAGAUUUUUGAUAACAACAAAAUAAAUUACCAUAACUAUGCAGAAGACACACAAAUUUACAUUACUCUAUCAACAGGAGACUACAGUCCAGUACAAGCACUGAGUGAGUGCAUUGAACAAGUCAAUAAUUGGAUGUGCCAGAAUUUUCUUCAGCUGAACAAAGACAAAACUGAGGUCGUAGUUUUUGGGGCCAAAAAGGAAAGAUUAAAGGUUAGUGCUCACCUACAAUUUGUAAUGUUAAAAAGCUCGGACCAAGCCAGGAAUCUUGGUGUAGUCAUGGACUCUGACCUGAGCUUUAACAGCCAUAUUAAGACAAUUACAAAGACAGCCUUCUAUCACCUGAAGAAUAUAGCAAGAAUUAGAGGACUGAUGUCUCAGCAGGAUUUGGAAAAACUAGUCCAUGCAUUUAUCUUCAGCCGACUUGACUACUGUAACAGCGUCUUUACUGGUCUUCCUAAAAAAUCGAUCAGACAGCUGCAGCUGAUUCAGAACGCUGCUGCUAGAGUCCUCACUAAGACCAAGAAAGGGGAUCAUAUCAGUCCAGUUCUGAGGUCUCUACACUGGCUCCCUGUCUCUCAGAAAAUUGAUUUCAAAAUACUGCUGUUGGUUUACAAAGCACUAAAUGGUUUAGGGCCAAAAUAUAUUUCUGAUCUUCUGCUAUGUUAUGAACCGUCCAGACCUCUCAGGUCAUCUGGAUCAGGUCUGCUUAGUGUCCCAAGAGUCAGAACUAAACAUGCAGAAGGAGCGUUCAGUUUUUAUGCACCAAAUAUCUGGAAUAAGCUCCCAGAAAACUGCAGGACCGCUACAACUCUGACUUCAUUUAAAACAAAGCUUAAAACUUUC